AUGCAUUCACAUCACUCCCAUUCCGGGGAUUACGUGGCGCAUGGCGUCGAUCCCUUGGAGGAUAUUGUAGCGCAAGUUGUAAAGAUGAAAUUCCAUACAUAUUGUCUAACCGAGCAUAUGCCAAGAAUUGAUGAGAAAUUUGUGUAUCCAGAGGAAAUGGAAGGUGUCGAGAAUAGUUCUGAAGCAAUUGAUAGAUUGAAAACCAACUUUGAGAAGUAUCUGGCUCAUGCAAAGACAAUCAAAAACAGACCAAAUGAAUUUGGUACAAAGUUUUUGAUUGGUAUUGAGGUCGAAAGCUGCGAUCAGAAUCACAUUGACUUUGCCAAAAAAUUCAUUGCUCAAAACGCCGAAACAAUCCAGUUUUGUGUCGGAUCAGUGCAUCAUGUUAACAAGAUCCCAAUUGAUUUUGAUCAAGAGAAUUGGGAUCGAUCUUUGGCUGCGUCCGGUAAUAAUUUGAAAAAAUUUCUUAUCGAAUAUUAUGAUACCCAAUAUCGAAUGCUGACAGCUCUCAAACCGCUAAUUGUUGGACAUGUUGAUUUAUACAAACUAUAUCUGGCUGAUGAAAUGAAAUUGGAUCCCGUCACAGGUGAAUGCGGAGAACACGGUGUUGGUGUCGGCUCAUUCUCAAUUAUGAGUCAGUGGAAAUCAGUGAGAGAUGCUUUAAUAAGAAAUUUAAAGUUUGUAGACUCUUAUGGAGGAGCCAUUGAGAUCAGUACAUCAGCAUUGCGUAAAAAACUGAAAGAACCUUACCCAAGUAAGGAUAUUUGUAAACUCGUGGAACAGUAUUGUGGUGGUAGAUUUGUUUUGAGCGAUGAUGCUCACGCAGUCUCACAUGUUGGAACAUGUUACGACCAAGCAUUGAGGUACAUCCUUGAUACGUUAACUCUGAAGGAGAUGUACUAUUUAGCAGAAAAUGAUGAUAAUGAUGUUUUCCUGAAGAGCAUUCCAAUAGCAGAUUUCAAGUCCAACGUAUUUUGGAAAAGCAAUUACAACAUUGAAAUUUAG